AAUGCUCAAUCCCACAUAAUUAGUACUAGUAAGAAUAAUAAUGUCUAUCUACCUUUAUUUCCUCUUCAUCUCCCUUCUCGUUCUGAUCAUUUUUAAAAAGCUUUUACCCUCGAAAAGGAAGCUUCCCCCAGGACCUACAGGUCUUCCCAUCAUUGGAAACUUGCACCAGCUUGGAGGACUGCUUCACAGCACUCUUCACAAGCUAUCUUUAGAACAUGGACCAGUGAUGCUUCUUCGCUUUGGGGUCGUCCCUAUGGUCGUGUUCUCUUCAAAGGAAGCAGCUAAAGAAGCUCUCAAGACUCAUGACCUAGAGACAUGCAACCGACCUAAGUUGGUGGGCAACGGAUUGUUUACUCACAACUUCAAAGACAUUGGGUUCACUCAGUAUGGUGAGGAAUGGAGAGAGAUGAAAAAACUCGUGGGACUCGAGCUCUUUAGUCCGCAAAAGCAAAAGUCUUUCAGGUAUAUCAGAGAGGAAGAAGGUGACUUGCUAGUCAAGGAAAUAUCAAAAUCUGCCCAAACACAAACCCUAGUGGAUUUGAGAAAAGCCUUGUACUCUUUCGCCGCCGGUGUCAUACUUAGACUCGCCUUCGGACAGAACUUCCAUGAGUGUGAUUUCAUCGAUAUGGACAGAGUUGAAGUGCUGGUGCAAGAGGCAGAAACCAGUGUAUGCGCAUUGGCAUUCACUGACUUCUUCCCCACGGGUCUCGGCUGGCUUGUUGACCGUAUCUCGGGUCAGCAUUCAAGGAUGAACAAAGCCUUUUCCAGGCUCACCAGUUUCUUUCAACAUGUGAUAGAUGAGCAUAAGAAAGCUGGACAAACCCAAGAUCGUUCAGACUUAGUUAGUGCUAUGUUGGAUAUGAUCAAUAGACCCACUAAAUCAGGUUCUUUCAAGGUCACCUCUCAUCAUCUCAAAGCAAUGAUGACAGAUGUGGUUUUGGCUGGGAUAAACGCAGGAGUAACAACAAUGAUAUGGACCAUGACAGAGCUAACCAGACAUCCAAGAAUAAUGAACAAACUCCAAGAAGAGAUUAGAACAAAACUCGGAUCCAACAAAGAGAGAAUCACAGAAGAAGACCUAGAGAAAGUUGAGUACAUGAAGCUAGUGAUCAAAGAAUCAUUCAGAUUACACCCACCUGCUCCUCUCUUGCUCCCAAGACAAACAAUGUCCGAGAUAGAGGUUCAUGGCUACACCAUUCCCAAGAACAGCAUGAUCAAGAUCAACACUUACGCCAUAGGACGUGAUCCAAAAUGCUGGACUAAAGCUGAAGAAUUUAUUCCUGAGAGGUUUUCAGAUACAAGUAUCAACUUCAAAGGUCAGCAUUUCGAGCUCUUGCCGUUUGGAGCUGGACGUAGGAGCUGUCCUGGUAUGGCCUUGGGAAUGGCUAAUCUUGAGCUUGGCCUUCUUAACCUUCUUUACUUCUUUGAUUGGAGUUUGCCCAAUGGGAUGGCUAUUGAAGACAUUGACAUGGACGAAGCUGGAGAUUUAAACAUCGCCAAGAAAGUCCCUCUUGAGCUCGUACCAACUCUUCAUCACUGGUGAACAAAUGCAAUGCUAC